GUCGAGUUUGUCUUUGGGUCUCCCAUUGUCUCGCGAAAUACGAAUACAUUAUUGGACAUGAAAUUCAGUUUAGAAAUCAUGCAAAUGUGGACUCAAUUCGCUAAAACCGGAGUGCCAUCGAGUGAUUGGCCAACAAUUAUAGACAAUGCAAAUAAUACCAUAAGAAUCAAGAAUCUGAACCCAAACACCACCACUCCUGUCAUGUAUAACCCGUUUGAUACGACAUGUGAUGGCAUUUGGGACCACUAUUAUGAAUAAAAUUAUGUAUAAUUCAUAUAAAGCAC